AUGCGUCUCUUUCCAAAACGGUUGAGCCUUCACAUUCAAACCGAAUCAAGGAAGCUAAAGAAAUCCAUAAAGAAACGAUAUCAUGAAGUUUCAUCCGAUUCUGAUUCGGAAACAACAAGCGAUGAUUAUGAUGAAGUGAUUACACCACGAAAUUCGACACAAUCUUCCCCUUCUUCAACAAGUGUGAACUUACCUUUGGAUUUCGCCGAUAACUCGGGUAACUUUGUUCGAACGAUGCGUAUCAUUAAACGGGAAUCCAAACGUAUAAGCACUUUGAUGUUGAUUAAUGACGGGAAUAGCAGUGAAAUCGCUUCUUAUCUCGAUGAUUCAAACAAGUCUUUUGAUACCGAAAACUUGGAACCAACGAUUGAUCAUGCCCCACAACUCCCUCCCACGGAAAAUUUCUCCGAAUACACGACCCAUGAUUUUUAUUCAGAGUAUUUCUCCGAGAAGAAGGCAAAAGACCGAGCAAUUCACAUCGCUUGUAGAAUAAAGAAACAGUUACCUUCCAUUUUCUCCGGUUGUCAAUUGUUCCUUUCCAAAGAAUGUCCCGAAACAAUUCCUGAAAUAUCGCCUCUUGAUAUAACGAAAAUGGUCGCGGAUCGAUUGUACACUUUUAUAUACAUUAAUGAAUUGAUGCCUUCCUUUUCUCGAGAACGAAGCAAUAUUCUAGAAAAACUCGAUUUGAAAUUAUCGAGACAAGGAGAUGCCAAAUUAUCAGAAAAGGUUGGAGGUCGCGAAGCAUUCUUUGUAUUUCGAUUUACUUUGGAUCAUUACUUUAAUGGAAUGAAUUGGGAUAAAGAUUCAAUGGAACCAACCAUAUGCAAUUUACACGAUUAA